AUGGGUCUAUCAUCUAUCUUUGGUGGCGGUGCACCAUCACAACAAAAGGAAGCAGCCACUACUGCUAAGACAACGCCAAACCCUAUAACCAACGAGUUGAAGAACCAAAUUGCCCAAGAAUUGGCUGUGGCUAAUGCGACUGAAUUGGUGAACAAAAUUUCUGAGAACUGCUUUGAAAAAUGCUUAACCUCUCCAUACACUACAAGAAACGACGCAUGCAUUGAUCAAUGUUUAGCCAAAUAUAUGAGAAGUUGGAACGUCAUAUCAAAGGCUUACAUCUCUAGGAUUCAAAAUGCCUCUGCUUCUGGCGAGAUCUAA